AUGACAGAGCCUGGUGAAUGUAAAAGUUGUCCUUCUGAUAAAGCACUUUGUAGUGGAGGCUCAAAUAUAGGCCCGAAACCCGGUUUUUGGAGAAAAUCCAAUAGCUCUUCUCUGUUUAUACAAUGUCUUUAUGAGCCAGCUUGCUUAGGGAUGAUAGAGCCAAAUUAUGAUCCUAUCGGCUCAUGCAAUAUUGGUUAUCAAGGAGUGUUAUGUUCUGAUUGUCAAGUUGGCUAUUCAAGAACAAAUGAUUUUGAAUGUAGUAAAUGCCCAGAGAGAUCUAUAAACAUUCAUCUAGACCAAUUGCUUAAGUAUCAAUUUAGAUUUUCAGUUUUGAUUGCUUUUUAGAUUAAAGAAUGA